AUGGACUCGGAUAAGAUGGAUCUCUUCAACACGUUACCUGACGAGGUUGUUUCUCGUAUCUUGUCAUCACUUUCAACGAAGGAGGCUGCUUCAACAUCGGUUCUCGCAAAGAGGUGGCGUAAUCUGUUUGCGUUUGUCCAUGAUCUCUAUUUCGAUGACUCUGUUUUCCUGUACCCCAAAGAAGGUAAACGGGAAAAAGAUGGGAUUCUCCAGAGUUUCAUGGAUUUCGUGGAAAGGGUUUUGGCAUUGCAGGGUGAUUCUCCCAUUAAGAAGUUCUCCCUUAAUGUUAAAAUUGGUGUUGAUCCUGAUCGUGUGGAUCGUUGGAUAUGUAAUGUGUUGCGACGCGGUGUUUUUCACCUUUAUCUAUUCGUCGACUUUGAAGAGGUGUACCCACUGCCUUACGAGAUAUCUGUCAGUAAGACACUUGUUGAGCUGAGGAUAGGGUAUGGAGUUGAUCUUUAUUCGUGGGGAGAUGACAUGUUUUUUCCUAUGCUUAAGACUCUUGUUCUUGAGUUAGUUGAGUUUGGUAGGGGUCAGUUUCAGAAAUUUCUUCCUGCUUGUCCUGUCCUUGAGGAAUUAACGUUGGUUGAUAUGGAGUGGAGAGAUAGGAAUGAGAUCUUGUCAAGUUUAAGCCUCAAGAAGCUUAAGAUUACCUCCGAAUACGGCUGUUUACGCACUCUUUCAUUCGAUACACCGAAUCUUGUUUUCUUAGACUACUAUGAUUUUGUUGCGGAGGAUUAUCAAAUAGUAAACUUAAACAGCUUAGUUGAGGUUGGGCUCAACCUUGUUGUUACUAAGGAUCUAUUCCAUCGAGCAAGAGAUAAUGUGUGGAAGCUUAUUCAUGGAAUAAGAAAUGCUCAGAUAUUUCACAUAUCCCCUGUCACUUUCGAGGUGCUUUCUCUUUGCUGUGAAGCAAUGCCGGUUUUUAAAAACCUUACAAUUUUAAAUGUUAGGAGUGUCAUGCAGCAAGGAUGGCAAGCAAUGCCACUUCUUCUAAGAAACUGUCCACGUUUAGAAAGCCUAUAUCUUGGGUCAGGACUCUUACACACUGUUACAGAGAAAUGUGGUUAUGUUUGUGACUGCAUUUCUAGGAAGAAGAAAGGUCGUUCGCUCAUGUCUUGUCCUGUGAAGAAGAUACAGAUUCAAGGAUAUAGAGGAACAAUUAGAGAGACGCACAUGAUAAAGCAUUUCUUGGACUAUUGUCCAAGUUUGGAGGAGAUGGAGAUAAUUGUCGAAGAAAAGGAACCUACUCUGUUUGAAAUCCCUAAAUGGUUUGAACUUGUCGAGGACACGCUGAUGCACUACAACGAGAUGUCGAGUUGCACUGUUAAUUUCAGGGCGCUCGUUCCCGUGUACUGGAGGUGGACUCAAAAAUGAAGUCUUUGGAGGAUGAAAAAUUUGCUUUCGUUAUUUCAUCUUUUGGUUUGUAUUUUACUCAAGUACGAUUUGUUUUAUGUACUACUUAGUACAGUACUAGCUAGACGAAACCAUUCCUGCUUCUCUACAAUUUCAAAAUUUAACGCUUUCACAAUCUUUAGGUUUUUUAAUGGGAGAAUG